CACACUCCAUUCGCUUGCUGUCUUUGAAACAGAAAGUCAUCAUACUGCGUCUAUGAGGCAACCGUGAUAGUCGUGACAGCCAUGGGCAUCUGCAUGGAUACAGGAAGAAAUCAACUGAUGAAUGGUCGGGACAUUGAUAACAGUCCAACUGCCUUUGGUUCAUGGCCAAGACAGUCAAAUGGCUCGUUCCGUUAUCAGCGCGUACAAAAUCAAGCACGAACCAUGUCUGAACCAAUUAUGGUUGUUAGCGAAAACGUGAUGAGAGAAAGUAAUCAUACAGUGACCGAAUCAUCUAGUUCCGGACCGGGACCGCCAAAACGGAUCCCCCUAACGCUCCAAAGAAAAAUCGUUCCCAUCGAUUCGGAAUUACCGGAAAUUCCUAUCAUAUUUAUUUUAGGUGGGCCGGGAUCAGGAAAAAUUACUCACUGCGAUCGUUUAACGCGAAUCGACUCACGCCUUUAUCACCUCAAUAUGCAAUCGGAAUUUUUGAAAGUAGCAUCAGAAAUAGGUAGCAGAGACCCCAACGUCGUUCCAGCCUACAAGGCUCUUGAAAUUUUAAUUCAACUAAUGUCUGGCACGAAAAACUGUGGUGCAAUGGUCGUCACCGGGUAUCCUAGGAAUAUGCGAGACGUAGUCGAAUAUUUGGCGAGAGUUCAACGCGUUGAUGGUGUUAUUCUCUUGGACUGGAGUGACCGUAGUCUAGAGCGACAAAUUCAGCUAGGAGCAAAAACUGGCGACAUCGACAUCAAUUUGGCUCGUUUUGAAAUGACUAACUACAGAUCCAACGUCAUACCAGUCGCCCAGUUCUUCGAUCAGCAAGGACGAUUGCACAUAGUAGCCGGACAACGAUCACCAAGCGAAAUCUUUGAUGAUUUAGCAGAAGAAAUAAAUGGCAUUCUUUCGAGUUCAUUGGGCGAGCUCCCUGUUCCGCAGAAUCCUACGGUUUCCGAAAGACCAGAAAGCGCUGUGACGGAGAUACAUUCGGACCAAGAAGAAACCAAAGUUGUUAUCCACACCUUACACGAAAACGGCGUGAAGCGCCAGCAAAGCGUCGACAGCGUUGACAUGAUGAUUGAAGAAGAAAUCAAAAACAUCAUAACAGAAGAUCCCAAAAUUGUUGCAGAUGAGAGUAAGGAAACACCUGAACUGGAAGUUAUCGAGGUUGAUGAGGCCGUAGAACAAUAAUUAAGUCAAGUAUAAGUAGCAGUAAACAGCAAAUUGAACUUAUUGCAAAGUCGCAACGCCUUAGAAUUAUACUCAAAACCCAAAGUAAAUAGUUAAUUACCAUUAUUUAGAUAAAAUAUUUUGUUUGAUUUUCUUUAAAAAUUUUCUAAAGGUACUGCGAGUCUUGAACGGGUAUAAAACGAGGAUUUAUACCAUACAUAGACGUUUGACGAACCCCAAAAAUAUUUACACUCACGAAUACGCACGGUACAAAAAUGCCUGCUUUAUCUUAGUGACUAAAACUGAUACCAUAUUUUUAGUCCAAAAUUACCGUUUAAUUUUGAUCAGCGAAAUGCAUAACGCACAACUUCCUCUUUUUUUCUCGAGUCCCAUCAUCAUCUAAUAUCAUUGCACCAAUAAUUUCAACGUUGUUGUUAAUUAGUGAGUGUCCUUUAGCUCACACUAGGCUAGUUUCAGCUAAGGCUGUAACUUAUAAGACGAUGUUAGUCAAUAAAAUGUUACAUUAUUUGCAACUACCUAGCUUGGCUAGUGUCAACCAGCUAGGAUUCUGUAGAUGGACGUUAACUUACACGCAUAUAUAUAUGUCCCGCACUGGGUUUAUACGUCACAGGUUCACCACAUGCCUUAAACAAGAAAAUGUAAAGAAAUGUAUCCAAUUACAGUAUAUCCUUGACUUUUGAAAAAUUAUAACAUUGGAUAGAAAUUUCCAGAUCGAACCCUACUCGUAAUUUUAAAAAAGUGAAAUGUUUACCCAACGAAUUAUCACCUGAAAAGCUCAGUUUUUACCUUGAAAUGUUCCGCAAAUUUCGUCUUGUUGCCACUAAUUACCGUGUUUCCUAUUACAUAGACGCACAAUCUGAUAUAUAUUACUUGCAUGUACGUAUAUACAGAGAACAUAGCUUAUGCAACAGCGUUAUAUCCUGCUAGCCACAAACGAUGUUCGCAGCGCUGGUUGCUCAUCUAUUUCUAGUAAAUAAUAAAGUGAUCCACAACUGUCGGGCUCAUCAUGACUCAUCCGAAAAAAAAAAAGGAAUAAAAAAAAUCUGUAUUUUGAAUCAGGUCAAAUUAGCAUUAGAUGAUGUAUAUCACGUGUUGGUAGACCUCCCAUGCAGAUACACUGACAUCAUGUACCAUAGGUUUCCAGCCCCAUUUGUUCAUGAAUUAUGACCAACACGCCAUGC